UCCAUUAUCUGUGAACGCUGAAGAUAAGACACUGCAGCGCCGAUACAAAGGCCAAGCGAAGACGUGGUGGACGGUGGUUGAAAGGUCUGGGAACACAACAUCAUAAAUCAGGCCCUGUGCUUUGAAAUAUCCAUCGGCAACAUGUCUGUUCAGAUUCAUGAAUUCAAUGUGGAAAUGACAUGUGAGGGCUGCUCUGGUGCUGCCAAAAGGGUGCUUGGUAAACUUGGAGAUAAAAUUUCAAAUGUUGACAUUGACCUUGAGAACAAGAAAGUGAUUGUUACCAGUGCCUUGACGCCUGAAGAGCUGACGGAGGUCCUCAAGAAGACAGGGAAGGAAGUCACACAUAUUGGAUCAAAGAGCACUUAAUCUUUAUUUACUUUCUUAUCAUUUGAUAUUUUUUGUCUGUUAGUUUAGAUUGUACUGUGUUAGGCAGAGAAUGAAAUACUACUCUCUUCUGUCAACCUCCUCAUUUUCAAACUCAUGAUUUGAAAUUCUGAUUCAGUCUUAGUAAUUACUUGCUUGCUUCAAUGAGUUUCAAAGGUUUUGAUGGAGGAGGGAGAGAUGGGCAAGCACAAAGAAGUCGGGGUAUAGUCUUGCAGUUUUGAGGAUGGUAUGAGAAAUAUACUGUAACUCUUUCUGGCAUCCUUUACAACAUUGUGAUUUGCUUCAGGUAGUGGUAUGUUAUUUCAUUCACAUGAUAGGCACAAAAGAAGCAUCAGAAAGCAUUCCCUGUGAGAAGCUGCCAAGCAUUAACUUCAACAUUGUGUUUACAGAAUGCAAUUGAAAGUUUUAAUGAAGAAUAUCUGAUAAUGAAAACUAUUGUAUAUAUUUUUUUUUAACAAACAUGGCUAUUGCAUUAACAUUUGCAGAAUUAUGUGACAUUGAAAUAAAAUUUAGAUUAUUAUAUUAGAGAGAAAAGAGAAGAAUGACAGCAUUUAAAUUAUUAAUCUUCAACAAAUGAAAGUUGGUUGCAUUUUCUCUUCAAAAUUUAAUGUUGCUUGUAAUCACCUUUUGAAUUCAGUAAAUAAAACCUAGUAAUUUAU